UUUCGGGAGCGGGACUUUUUAGGGGGCCGGUGUAUCUUCGUUCUCAGAGCCUCCAUUCAUACGGGUGACCUUUCCAGGAAAUCUUCAUAAAGGUUUAAAAUAAACCUUAAACUAUCACCGUGGCGUGUUUAUAACCCAGCGUGUUUCCUGCUCCUGGAUCGGGGAGAGGACGCGAAGGGGAAGAGAAACUUUGUAACUACUUGGCCUUCCGGGCUGGCUUGUAUUUUGCCCUUUGUAAUCUUUCCGCCGAAGUCACACCCAGGCAAGAAUCCGCAGCGGAGAGCUCGCGAGGGCGCGGCCGCGCUGGCGGUGAAAGUGUUAACAGGGCUGGGCGAGGCGAUCCGAGGAGAGUCCGACUCCAGUUGGUAAAGUUUUCAAAGCGGCGGCAGGAGCGGCUCCCGGCGGCCAAACGGCAGCGGGCUGGACGGAGCCCGCCGGAGCCGAGACCGUGCGGAGCGGAGCUCAGCCCGGGUUACAAGCUCAAGGCAGGCCUCCCGACACUCUCGGGACUGCGCCUGUGGCUCAGCCAGGCCGCCAUGCAGACUCUGCCCCCCCAGGUCAAGACUGGCGUUUUAAAAUAAAAUGGAUGAUGCGACGUUACUUGAUCUUCUGGAGUGCCCCGUGUGCCUUGAAAAGCUCGAUGUCACCGCCAAAGUCCUGCCCUGCCAGCACACCUUCUGCAGACCAUGUCUCCAGAGGAUUUUCAAGGCCCACAAGGAGCUGCGGUGCCCCGAAUGCCGGACCCUGGCCUUCUGCAGCAUCGAGGCGCUGCCGGCCAACCUGCUGCUCGUGCGUCUUCUGGACGGCGUGCGCUCGGGACAGGGCUCGGGGACCAGGGGCUCCUUCCGAAGGCCUGGCGUGCUGACCUCGCAGGACGGCAAGAAAAGCAGGACUCACCCCAGGGGUCUGCCGUGCAGCCCUUUCCGGCUGGUGCCGAACGUCAGAAUCCACAUGGAUGGGGUGCCUCGAGCGAAGGCCGUGUGCAACUACCGAGGGCAGAAUCCCGGCGACCUGAGGUUCAAUAAGGGAGACGUCAUCCUUCUCCGGAGGCAGCUGGACGAGAACUGGUACCAGGGGGAGAUCAACGGAGUCAGCGGGGUCUUCCCCGCCAGCUCUGUGGAGGUCAUCAAGCAGCUGCCCCAGCCACCCCCUCUCUGCCGGGCCCUCUACAACUUCGACCUACGCGACAAGGACAAGAGCGAGAACCAGGACUGCCUGACCUUCCUCAAGGACGAUAUCAUCACUGUGAUCAGCCGGGUGGAUGAGAACUGGGCGGAAGGCAAGAUAGGAGAUAAAGUCGGCAUUUUCCCCAUCCUGUUCGUAGAGCCAAACGUUACGGCAAGACUGCUGCUAGAGAAGAAAGGCCGUCAGUCACCCCACACGAAAAGCCUGUCCCUGGUGCCCUCACCCGCCAGAGGCAAAGCGACCCACGCGCCUGCGCUCCAGGGGCCGGGCUCCGGGAGGAAGGGGCCCGGCCAGUUCUCCAUCACGACAGCCUUGAACACGCUCAACAGGGUGGUGCAUGCGCCGUCCGGGCGCCACACGGUGGAGAUCAGCAGCCCGGUGCUUGUCAGCUCCAGCAACCCCUCUGUGAUCACCCAGCACCCGGAGGAAGCAGAUGCUUCUGCCAGCGCUGUGGGACAGGUCAGCACGUACCACCCUGCCCCUGCCUCUCCAGGACAUUCCACGGCCAUCGUCAGUCUGCCCAGCUCCCAGCAACACCUCUCAGCUAACAUGUUUAUAGCCCUGCACCCCUACUCAGCCCAUGGACCCGAGGAGCUGGACCUGCAGAAGGGAGAAGGCGUCAGGGUCCUGGGGAGAUACCAGGACGGCUGGCUCAGGGGCGUCUCCUUGGUGACUGGGCGAGUCGGCAUCUUCCCCAACAACUACGUCAUCCCCAUUUUCAGAAAGACGUCCAGCUUCCCGGAUGCCCGGGGCCCUGGUCUCUGCACCGCUUGGACAUUAUCCACCUCUUCCGUGUCUUCCCAAGGCAGCAUUUCAGAAGGUGACCCCCGGCAGGGCCGUGCCUUCAAGUCCGUCUUCGUGCCCACAGCCAUCGUCAGCCCCGUGCGGAGCCCGGCCGGCCUGGGGGCUGCGGGGCAGGGCUCCCUCCGCAAAGCGCGGGGCAGCAUCAGGAAGAAUGGAUCCCUGCAGAGACCCUGCCAGGCGGGGCCCCCCACCCUCGUGGUGGGCUCCCUCAGACGCAGCCCCACCAUGGUCGUCCGGCCCCAGCAGUUCCCGUUCUACCAGCCGCAGGGGGUCCCCUGCGCAGCCUCAGUGGCAGAGACAGGACCCAAGCCCACUCCUGCUGGGGAGCCUUCCGCCCUUGCUGGCACCAGCAGGGGCAGCGACACCAGGAUCCACUCUGCAGCCAGCUCCCUCAUCAUGGAAGGCAAAGAAAUCCCUGUCAAGAGUGAGCCUCUGCCAAAACCACCUGCAUCCGCCCCGCCCUCGAUCCUGGUGAAACCAGAAAACUCAAGAAAUGGCAGUGAAAAGCAAGUCAAAACCGUGAGGUUUCAGAAUUACAGCCCUCCUCCCACCAAACAUCACACCUCCCACCCCGGCUCUGGGAAGCCUGAACAGCCGGCCGCGCCCAAGGGGCCCCAGCCUGAAGCAGCCGCCUCGGGCCCAGAGAUGACCGUCCUGUUUGCUCACCGAAGCGGCUGCCAUUCUGGACAGCAGACAGACCUCCGGAGAAAGUCAGCUUUUGGCAAAACCACGACGCCAGUGCCCACCGCCUCAGCCACGCAGACUGUGUUUCCCAGCAAAUGAUCUACAGGUGGCUCUUCCCAGACCCCAAAGAGGUGAUGUGCGUUUAAAUACAGUCUGCCUCCACGGAGGGCGUCCUGCCAUUCUUUGGGGACUCGAGCCUGGGUCCUCGUUCUGCCUCUCUUACCUCCGGGAAAGGACAGGUGGGGCGGGGAUCCCUGCCCUGGCUGCGGGAUAGGUUGGGUGGUCUUCCAAACACAGUGACUGGAGCAGCAAGGCCAAGGAGUGGGAGCUCAUCCCACCCACUCUCCUUCCCCGUGGGGAGCAUGCAGCCUCCCAUCUCUGUGUUCUGUGCAGAAUUUCUAGGACGUCCAAAAGGGGGUCCAGCCAGGGGGUCACAAUGAUGGGAGUGCUGGCAUGGCUUCUCCGACCUCCACAUCUUAGAACAGCUUCUGCCAUCUUUUGGGGCCUGGCCACUGGUAGCUACCCUAUCGCCUUCCCUCCUUGGAGUCAUAAUCCUGGCUGCCAUGGGAGAAUUUCUGAGCAGGGUGUGAGACAGAUGCUUUGAACAUUCCGAGAACCCUCUGAAACCAGCGGGAGUCGGCUUCCCGGCUUUGCUCCCACAAGUCAGAGAGAAAGCUGACUACUGUCAUUUUUCAAGCUCCUCCAUCUGUUUUUCCAUAUGUAAUCCUACAUGACAGAGAAGCAGGAAGCACGUACCUAUGAGAGGGUCCUGUGUGGAACUGGGGACAGCUCCUCCAUCCCGGCUUAUCAGACUUUCCCAGGAAAACUCAGCAUGCUUAAACCCCACUUCGUGAGGGGUGUGAGUUUAGAGAGAGAUUCUGUUUGCACCGCAGCGUUCUUCACUUUCACUGAUUCCUUCUAUUUGGGGCAAACUAGCUGUUUCACCAGGUUGCAGGCUAAGGCACCUGUGUCACUGAGAAGAUGCCAAUUCACAGCUGGGAGGGGGUGCUUGCUAGAGCAAAGUCUGUACAAAGGGAUUGGACGAUAAAGGAGGAGAAAGCGAAAGUGAAAAAAUAGGAAGAGAGAGCACAGAGAGGUGAUGAGAGAGAAAGAUGAUUGGGGAACGUGUCAGGGAAGAAGAUUAAAGAGCACAAGAGUGGCCUUGACGUUCUUGACAGGUGGGGAAGAAGGAUGGAGUCUAUAAAUCUAGGGGACCCCACGAAGAUGGGGCUGCAACAAGCAGGACCAGCCAGGUAGAGCCCUGUAAACAGGAGUAAAAGGUCUUUCCAGGGAGUCCAGGCCAUGCUGUCAGACAAACCAUUAAUCCUCAUUAAACUUAAUUGUUGUGAUUUAACAUUUAUUGCAUGCCCAUCAAUGGUGGCACUUUAGUGCAUAAAUGCCAUUUGCUACUAAGCCUGGAUGUCAUUAAAAAAAAAAAACCCAGCAGAUCUAAUUAGACCUUCUCCCUGGACAGUCCUUGAAGAUCUUGGGAUUAAAAACAGGUAUCUUUCCCUGGUGGUCUAGUGGUUAGUAUUCGGUGCUUUUAUCACUGAGGCCCGGGCUCAGUCCCUGUUCUGGGAACUGAAUUUCACAACCAUCUGCUCUCCGCCAUAAGGGAAAAAUAUCUUCUAUUUUUUACAUGCCUAUCUUUUACAUACCAACUACACACUUGGCAAAUUGAGCUGUCGAGACUUUUCCAGACCUUAAUAAAACAAAACCAUGAUCCUGCCAAAGAA